AUGUAUGAAAAUCUGUCAGAGUACCAAAGAAAGCAAAUUCCUCGAUUUUAUGGAUCCUUCUCUCUUGAUCUUCCAUUUCGCGGUGAAACACGUACUGUUCGCCUUAUCUUGAUCGAAUAUAUACCUGGCAUAUCCAUGGAUCAAGCCAAUCCAGAAGAUUUUUCACAAGAAACUCGAAAGCAGAUUAUGAAAUUGGUUAUCAACCUGAAAAGUGAGAUUUACGGUCUCAAGAAUAUUCUACUGUAUGACCUCCACCCAAGAAAUAUCAUGAUACAGGAGGGACCCGAUGUUGUUCUCAUAGAUUUUGCAGAUGCUAUGACGAACCGCGGCACGGGCUUUUACCCCUGGCAGCAGACGACUUCUUCUAUGGCUCCAUAUAUGGGUGAAUAUGUUCUUCCGCAGCUGAGAUGGAAGAAUUUGGACGAACCAUUUAGAUCUCGGCGGAGUUUCUGA